CUCCAGAUGCUCAGCUGUUCAGUUUUCAGAGAGGAAAAAAGAUUUCUGCAAGGCAAGCAUGUUUUGUCGUCAAAUAUUGUCAACAUUCGAUUGAAAGCGGACUUAAGAUUUUAAGCUCUCAUUAAAAUCCAUUCGAGUCUGUGGAUUAGAUGUGCUGUGAUUGUGAUGGGCGAAGCAUCAAGCAGCUGUAAUAUCAUGAUCCUGGAGUGACUGGGGGUUAACAAAUAUCCAAGGCCACGAUGAAUUCCAUAAAUAGAUUGUCGUUUUAUUUAGUAGUCUCUUUAUUUCUAGUGGCCAAUGUUGCUGGAGGACGGGCUUCACCAUGCAGUGCCAUAUUCAAGAAGUGGGAGGGUACUAUCAACAGCCCUGAUUAUCCUCAAGCAUAUCCAAAUUCUACAAGUUGUACGUGGUAUAUAAUUUCUCCUGGACAAAAUGUUGCGUCAUUAACCAUUGUUGUUAGGGAUUUAGACAUGGAGCAGGAUUUGAAGUGUCUGAUGGAGACGUUCGGACCUUGCUGCACACGCAGUUGGCUCUCAUUACCUUUUGAAGACAUUGGUAGUACACCAUCCAAUGUUCAGUUAUGUGGACACAAUGAGACCUUGAGACAGAGAGAAUUCACUAUCAACAAUCCUGGCAAAAGUAUACAUAUUAAAUUCCAUUCUGUUGGCAACCAGAAUAUGAGAAGAGGAUUCCAGCUACAUUACACUUUCAAUCCACGACAACGAGUGGGCUGUGCUGAAAACGAAAUUCAAUGUGACAAUGGAAAGUGUGUCCUUCCAAUUUGGCGGUGUGAUGGAAUCUCACAUUGCAUUGAUGGUGCUGAUGAGGCAAACUGCCCUAAACUUAAUCAAAAGAGAAUAGAAGAGAGCCGCUGCAACAAUCUAUAUCAUAUUGAGUGCGGUCCUUUGGACUCUGGGUGUUAUAAUAAUCACACCCAACGCUGCGAUGGACAUCGGGACUGCCGUCAGUCUGGUCUGGAUGAGGAUGGUUGUGGAGGGUGUAGCCCAGGUUCUAUGCCAUGUUACACACAUGGAUGUUAUCGUAUCUCUCAGACCUGCGAUGGCAUUCCAGACUGUCAAGAUUACACUGAUGAAGCAGAUUGUGGUUUCUGCCCUCAUGGACAAGUUGAGUGUGGCUCCCAGCCUGGCAAGUGCUACUCUCCCUACCUCGAUCGCUGCAAUGGAAUCUUGGAUUGUCCUCUUGGGGAAGACGAGAUGGAUUGUGAACCCAACUGCCGAGAAUCUAUUGCUUGUGCUAAUGGCCAUGGAUGUUUCCGCCCGUCCGAAAGGUGCAAUUAUGUGGAAGAUUGUGAGGACGGUUCUGAUGAGAUGCACUGCAAGCAUGAAUCUGACUACAUGCGUGACACAUUCGGUUGCGGAUCCGGCGGCACUAUUGCCGAGCGACUGUGGUGUGACGGAGUGGACGACUGCGGCGACGGCAGCGAUGAGCAAGGCUGCAUUCGGAAUUCUGUCAUCACUGCUGCAAUCAUGGGCUCAUUGUUAUGCGGCCUCCUGCUGGUGAUCGCGGUCGGAUGCACGUGCCGCCUGUACAGCCUGAGCCUGAAGGGACUGGGAGGAAGCAGCAGCAGUGGCAGCAGCAGCAAUGCGCAGCUCCAAAGCGCCUCUGCCGCCUCCCAGACAACAUCCACAUCACCCAGGUCAUGCGCCACUGCCUUGCCGUCAAUACCGACGUUGCCUGGGGAUGAAGAAUUCUACUUCCGGGAACCUCCUCCGGCCUACUCCGUGGCUGUCGGCGAUGCCCCGCCGCCACCACCCGCUUGUGUCUAUCCGUUUGCCAUCAACUCCAUCAACCCCAACGGGUCCCAGCCAAGAGUACACAGUGGACAUGAUCGUAAUCGGAGGUCGCGCCGCCAUGGUUCAGGUCGCCGCCACUCGCGAGGCUGCGCCAACGCCGGCCAGCCUGGAGCGCCGCAAGGGCCGCAAGGUGCUGGGGACUUCCCCGGGGACUUCCCCGGAGACUUGCCGCCCCUGCCGCCCUACACGCCGGCACCGGCACCUUGCCCGCCUUGCCCCAUGAGCAGCUUGCCUCCCUACACCCCGACGGCCGAAGAGCGACCUGAGGCCGCCGCCCCUGCGGCUCCCACUCCUCAAUUUGCACCCCCACCGAGUGUCAAGGUCAUGGCGUCUCUGUUGCGAGCUAUCAACAGAGGAAGUGAACCAGUUAGUGAGGAAUCAACUUCUGAUGCUGCUGCACUUGUGGAGACCCCACCGACCUCCCCCUCUCCAACACCUUCUGUUUCAUCUAGCCAGGAGAGCUUUGCCUAAUUUCUCUCUAGUCACUGAAGAGUUUUGGCUAGAAAAUGUUAAGGCUUUCAUAUGCUGUUUUGUGAAAAAGGAAUGUCUUAUUGCUUAUGGACUAAAGCUUUAAUUUAAUCAUGCUUGUGCAUUGUGAGUGUAGUAGCUCUUACAAGUGUCAAGUGGAUUUCCACUCCAUUAUUUUUUAGGGAUGUAGCAUUGUGUUUGGAUAUUCAUACCAGCAUCACUUUUUUUUGCUAUUUUACUUUGCUAUGUUAUCUUCUGUUUUAAUUUAUAUUUUGUUUCUCCAUGAAAUGCCCCAAAUGUUCCUGGCAAGUUACCAUGUUGUAUUCACCUCUCUCUUAUACCUAUGAAAGAUUGUGGUUGGAAGCAAUUUCUACCUAGAAAUUUUUUUCUUAUUUCAACCACUACUAUUGCUAGUUGUAUUGUACUUUUAUAAUUUUAUUUUUGUUGUGAGGUGUCUAUGCUUAGUUCUCUAACAAAUAUCUCUUAUUUUACUUACGUAUAUCUCUCUUUUUUCUUGAGUGAGCAGAAAAUGCAACUGUUGUGAGAUUUAGACCGUCCUAAUUUUUUUGACCAAAUUCUCUCUUUUUUUUUAUUGUUGUGCUUGCUUGUUUUAUGAAGUGGAAAAGAAUCAUUUGAAAGAAUGAACUCUUAUGUCAAAAGUCUCAUUAUGUCAGAAAUCUCAGCUGUGAGCUGUGAUGUCCACCUAUUUUUAUUACUUGGUUUACAUCAGUUACAAAUAGCUAAGAUUUUGGACUGAGUUGAAGUAGCAUAUUUAUUGAAUUCUUUAUUGCUUGCUAAGUAAAAAAAAACAUUUUGAAAAGAAAAAAAUCUAAAAUAGGCCUCAACACUCUGGUGUUUGGUUUUAUAGUUCUGAUAGAAGAUAUCAGGAUGUCAAUAUUUUUUCUGUUUCCCAAAUUCCUAUUUGCCCAGUUUGAAAAGGGAAAGUAAAUGGUAACAUUUUCCCCUUUGCUUGAAUUUCGUGCUACUGUGACAAGGCAAACUGGCUUCGAAUUUUAAGGUAUAGGUAGUAAUCUCAUGGUAGAAUUUGUGAUUUGCUUAAAAAAGUUCUGUGACUAGCCAAGUAAAAAUACAUGUAUGUGUUAUGACCUUUGUAUUAUCUGUGUCAUCUUUGCCCACUUGAGUAUCUUUGUGCCCAAAUUUCAUUGACUUUUGUCUUCAAUAUUUCUAGUUCUUUUCUUUCGUUAGUAGAUGGGUAAAAGAAAGAGAGUGAAAGUUUUCGAAUUUGACACUCUAUCAUAUUUGUGCUUCUGUGCUGAUGCAUGUGGGAGAAUCACUGUGAUUGUAUGUCUGGUGACGUGCUAUACUUAAAACAAAGUGAAAAAAAAUGUUCCCUUGUAGCGCAGCUUGAUAGUGCUCUCUACAGGGGCUUUCGAUGUUACAAAUGCAUGAUUCUUUUUUUAAACUCAUGCCAUUGGAUAGAUCUUUGAUGUUAAUAUGUGCAGUCCGUUAAAACUAUGGUGCAGACUGACUUUGAUGAAUGCUGCAGUCUCCUUCAUGAUGCUUUAAGAAAUGAUACCUGUGUGUGGGUGUGUGUGCGUUUGUGUUCGCGCGCGCGUGUGCGCGUGCGUGUACAGUAUGUGUGUUUGUGUGAGUGUGUCUGCAUGUGUGUAUUGCUCUAUGACCACUUGCUUGGUAUGCCCUUCGUCGGCCGAAAGCAGUCCGGCUUUACUUCUAGAAGCUCAUUAAUUGUGUUUUAGCUUAGUAAUGAAAUUUAUUUUCAUUUUUUUCUGUUUGAUCAAUAAGUCUUGAACAAUCUGUGUUAGUCCAAUCUUUGUGUACCAACUGGGAUGAGGUAUGAACUGAAUCCAGUUUGUUUGGACUCUAUGAAAAGGGUCUUGUGAUAUAGUUUUUAUUGCUAUAGAGAUAUCACUCAAACAUCUUUUUCUUGGCUGCACAUGACUUUCUUUCUAUAGACAAGUUUGGGCAAGUUCAACUGUAGCCGUAUAGCAUGUUGCAAUGAAACAUAACUCUCACAUCACUUUAUCACAUUAACAAUUUGUGUGGCUAGGAAUCUUAUCUUUAAGUCUCAAUAUGUGUAUAUGUUGUUGUCCCAUUUUAUUUUAAAAAUAUUUUUUUGUGCUAAUGAAUGAUCUGUUUCAAGAAUGCUGUCAAUGUUAUGCUUCUUUCUUUUGCAGUGUUCCAAAAACUCUACAUGUGACAAUCUUUUAAAAGCUUGCCCCCUGCAACACUGCCUCUUAUCUAACAUUGUCUAGCUGUAUUUUAAGUAAGGCACUGGCUUGUGGCAUAAUCACGAAACCUUUAGUCGUUUUCCCCCCUCAAAAUGUCUACUGACCUGUCCUUUAUUGUCAUCAAUCAGUCUAUGUACGUAGCCUCCUAUAUUUUUAAGUACAAAAGAGCAUUCCUCAUUAUUCUCAGUGUCAGUAGAAAUAGAAUCUUGUAAACUCGGAUUGUUGGUAGUGUAGAAAUAUUUUUUGGUCUGUGAUUUGUCCUCAGCAUUUGUGAAACUUACCACUUUUGUGCUGAAUGUGCAUGCUUAUAUUUUUCUGUUUACUAUCAUCUGUUAAAUUGAGCUAGCUAUGUGAAAUAUCAUGUAUUCUACCAGAAAUAUCAAUACUCAGUUUUCUAUUCUUUAUUGUGUGUUGCUGAGUGAUGUUAUCUUCACCUUAUUUUACCUUAUGAUUUUAUGUUUGUAAAAUUAUUAUAGUUUAUUGUAUAUAAAUAUAUGAUGUAUAUGUUUGUAAACAUGAAAUAAAGUUUAAGUGGAGCUA